GGUGACGGUGGGUGCGAGCGGCCAGGGGCUGUGAGGGAGCGGGGGUGUCGUGUCGUGUCGUGUCGUGUCGUGUCGUGUCGUGUCGUGUCGUGUCGUGUCGUGUCGUGUCGUGUCGUGUCGUGACCGGUUGGGUCGCAGAGCAAGGAGCGCCUUGGAGAAGGCUGUGCUGCUGCUGGGCCGCGCUGAUGUUGCUAGAAAUGCCGAAAGACCGACCAUGAGGCCUCCUGGAAAGUUAAUCUUAGACUAGUAACUGAUGUCUGGCAGUAAUUAACUUCCGAUUGUAGAACAACCUCACUGUACUCGGCACUGAUGUCCAAGUCUUCACCAGCAUCCAAAAUGUCAUCUCAAGAGGAAAUACUGAGUGAUGGGCGGUUUAGCCGCGUUGCUAGGGAUCCCCGAUUUUGGGAGAUGCCAGAAAAAGAACGUAAAAUCAAGAUUGACAAACGAUUCCGAGCUAUGUUUCACGACAAGAAAUUUAAACUGAAAUAUACAGUGGAUAAAAGAGGUCGACCUGUUAACUAUACUUCUACAGAGAACCUCAGGAAAUUUUAUGCCCUGUCAGAAUCUGACUCUGAUCUUUCAGAAGAUGACAGUAAAGAACACGCUGAAAAGAAAAAGAAGAAAAAAAAAGCUAAACCUAAAGGAAAAGCAGAUUCUGUAAAAGUACUUGCUGAUGGUCGCUCUAGGGAGGAGAGGCAGAACAGACAAGGGGUGGACCAAACAUGUGCAGCAGUGACAAAAGUGGAUGACCUUAAAAAGGAAGGACAAAAAAUUACAUCCAAAUUCAACUUGAAAGGGGACUCUAAGAAAAUUGCAACAGAAAUUGAUUGUCCUCGGGGAAACAAGGGGGUUUUAAACAAAAGAGAAACCAAGCAAGGAGAUGCGUCAGGAGGAGGAUCUAUUUCGGUUCAGAACAAGCUAAAGUCUUCACAGCCAAGCGAUACUAAAUCAGUUAAAGCUUCCAGGAGGGAUGGUUCCCUAGGAGGUAAAAUAAAAGAAUCAGUGACUAUAUGCACAGACACCGAUGAUCAACGUGACAUCACUAAAAGACAAUUAAAGGAAGACAUUUCUGCAAGUGAAGAUUUUGAAUGUGCAGAAUCGGCAGAAGAGCCUGAAAGUGAUGGGGAAACGGGCGAGGAAGAGGAGCCAGAAGAUGGUGGGGAAACAGGCGAGGAAGAGGAGCAAGAAGACGAUGAGGAAACGGAUGAAGAAGACAGUGAUUCAGAAGACGAUGAGGAAAGUGGUAGUGGGCCUGACCUAGCCAGAGGCAUAGGGAACAUUGAAACGAGCUCAGAGGAUGAUGAGGAUUUAAAUGACAUAUUUCCAAAGGAGCCAGAGAUCGAGCAUUCGUGGCGUGAGCUAGAUAAAGAUGCCCCUCGUGGAGAUGAGAUUACAAGUAGAUUGGCAGUUUGUAAUAUGGAUUGGGAUAGGUUGAAGGCUAAGGAUUUGCUGGCUCUAUUUAAUUCUUUCACACCCAAAGGAGGAACGGUAUUUUCUGUUAAGAUUUAUCCUUCAGAAUUUGGAAAAGAGAGAUUGAAAGAGGAAGAACAAAAAGGACCUGUGGAGCUCUUUGAUCUUCCAGAGAAUACCACAGAGAAUGAUGGGCUUUAUAGGGAAAAACUGCGAGAGUAUCAAUUUAAGCGACUGAAAUACUUCUAUGCAGUGGUAGAAUGUGAUUCUCCUGAAACAGCCAAUAAGAUUUAUGAGGAAUGUGAUGGACUGGAAUUUGAAAGUAGCUGUUCUUUCAUAGACCUGAGAUUUAUUCCAGAUAAUGUUACAUUUGAUGAUAAGCCAAAAGAUGAAGCCUCAGAAGUGAACGUAGCUGCAUAUAAGCCAAAGUACUUCACAUCUGCAGCUAUGGGGACAUCAAAGGUAGAAAUCACAUGGGAUGAGACAGAUCACGAACGAGUGACGUCACUCAGCAGAACUUUUAACAAAGAUGAACUUCUUGACAUGGAUUUUCAAGCUUACUUGGCUUCGUCUAGUGAAGAAGAGGAAGAACAGCAGCAAGGUGGUGAUGUAGCCCAUGAAAUAGAAGAUGACAAACCCAGGAAAAGCCAGAAAGAUGAUGAAGAACAAAUCGCCAAGUACAGAGAACUUUUGCAAAGUAUCCAAGAAAAAGAGAAAAAACAGGAAGAAAAGGAUAUAGGAAUGGAGAUUAAAUGGGUUCCAGGCCUCAAAGAAACUGCUGAAGAAAUGGUCAAAAACAGGUUGGAAGGAAAGGAUAACCUAACUCCAUGGCAAAAGUAUCUAGAGAAGAAGAAAGAGAAAAGAAUGCUUAAAAAAAAGAGAAAGGCUACUGCUGAGACAGACCAGAGUGAAGAUGAAGUUCCAUCUGAUGUUGAUCUCAACGACCCGUAUUUUGCUGAAGAACUUAAGAAAACAGGUUUAAAGAAGAAGCCAGAAUCAGUUGCAAGUACCUCAGAGGAUGAAGAUGAAGUUGAAAAACAGAAGGCUGAAAUGGCCCUGCUUAUGAUGGAUGAUGAGGAUGAUGCCAGAAAACAUUUUAAUUAUAAAAAGAUUGUAGAACAACAGAAUUUGAGCAAGAAGAAAAAGAAGCUUUUAAUGAAAAAGAAAGAAUUACUAGAAGAUGACUUCCAGGUCGAUGUUGCCGAUAGAAGAUUCCAAGCCAUGUUUACUUCUCCCCUGUUUAAUUUGGAUCCUUCCGAUCCAAAUUUCAAGAAGACAAAAGCAGUAGAAAAGAUCUUGGAAGAGAAAGCUCGGCGAAGAGAAGAAAAGGAGCAAGAUCUUCAGGAGACAAGCAAGGGGCAGGAGAACAAGGUGGCGAAGAAAGGAGAGGUCGCUAAGAAAGCCAUAGAUCCUGCCUUGUCAAUGCUCAUAAAAUCUGUCAAAAAUAAAACCGAAGAGUUUCAGGCAAGGAAAAAGCAGAAACUCAAAUAACCGAACUUUGUUUUUACUCAGACUUCACUUUAGUCUCAGUUCUUCUAACUGGUAACAUGUGUUAAAGGUACUACCCCCUGCUCUGAUUCCCAUCCACCUAAAACUUCCCAAAAAGUCAAUUAUGGUGGUGAGGUUUGAAGUAAGUAGAGUAAUAAUCACUCUUCUACCACAACAAAUACUGUUUUGUACUAUUAUUGAAAAACUACACAUUGGAAAUAAGCAAUUAAUGAGUUGGGGGGUAGUUUGUUUUGUAUCGUGUCACCUUUUGAAGAUAAUAAAAGUGCUGAAGAUGGCUACAAAACUUCAUAAUUAUGGUUGUAUUUAUAAAUAAGAGGAACACUUCUGUGCAAGUUUAUUGCUGAGUGGUCUUAAUGUUUUUAAUUCCACAGAAGUCUGUAAAGCGUUUCUCUAUUGAUAAAGAAGGUAGUAACAUAACUACAAAUUGAAGAAAUUUUGUAUACAAGGUUUUUGUAUAUUUUUAAAAGAUUACAUGUGCUUCAUUAAUUUCUCCUUUAAAUACUUGAAGACUUUUGGAUCAUAGAACUAAUGAAUGGAAAUAUUGCCAUUUAGAAGCGUUUCAUUAAUAUAUAUUGGAAAUAAACGGUUUAAAUUGGCCUGAAGGA